AGUUGCAGAUGGUUUGCUUCUCCAAAUUCCUGAGUAAGCUGAAUUGAUUGCUUUGGGCACAUAUCUAUGAAUUAUCAGACUUCAUUGGAUCUUAUCAAAACAUAACAUCUGAAAAUAAAACUAAAGUCAAUGGCUAUUUUUGACCCAAAAGCUAUCUGUUUGCUCUGUCUUUCAGUCUUUUUCUUCAGACCUGCUAUUUCCGAAGACCAAGUUACUUUUAUGCAGCAAUUUUGUUCUGAAGAACAAUUUGAUCGUGAAAGUGUUUAUCAAAGAAAUCUAAAUCAUCUUCUAGCCAAUGUCUCCAGUGAAGCAGUCUCAAAAAAGUUCUACAACUCUACUGCUGGUGAAGGUGUUAAUAAGGUGUACGGCCUAUUCCUUUGCAAUGCAGCCUACACUGCUCAACUUUGUCAAGACUGCAUUACUGUAGCAGCUGGGCAAGUUCAACAAAAAUGUCCAUAUGAUGUUGAUGCAAUAGUGUUUUAUGGGCAAUGCAUGCUACGUUAUGCUAACCAUCCGAUAUUCUCUAUUGAGGAUGAUUCUGUGCAUUUCAGCUUUGAGUAUGGACCACGGAUUUACAAGGAGUUUGAUCAGCAAUUAUCGAGCAUGUUAAUUGACCUCUUCAACAAGGCCAUAGCAGAUAAUACGUCCCUGGCUUAUGCAUCAGGAGUGGUUUAUGUUAGAGAAACAAUAUCACUUGUGGUCUAUGUUGAUUGUACUCCUGAUUUAAGUCCAUAUGACUGUAACAGAUGCUUGCAAGUCGGACUCAAUAGGCUUCCAAUGAAUGGAAGACAAAUCGGAACAACUGUGCAGCCAAGUUGCCGAUUGUCAUACUUUUAUAUUGAUGUCAGCCCAGGAAAACGAUUUGGUGCUUCAUAUAUUGCUCUUACCACAGUUGCUGCCAUAGCAGGGAUAUCAUUUAUCUUGAACUUCUAUAUGUGCUUCCGCAAAAGGAAGGAAAGAGGAAAACCCACAGGACUUGAAGAGAUUGAGAGUAUGGAAACUUUGCACUUACAGUUUAGUGCUAUCAAAGUUGCUACUGACAAUUUUGCCUCAGCCAAUAAAAUAGGUCGAGGUGGAUUUGGAAUUGUUUACAUGGGAACACUUCCAGAUGGACAAGCUAUAGCUGUUAAGAGACUUGCAAGUCCCUCAGGGCAAGGAAUCAGGGAAUUCAAGAGUGAGGCAUGUUUAGUAGCAAAGCUGCAGCACAAGAACCUAGUCAAACUUUUUGGUUUUUGCUUGGAAGGAGAUGAAAAAGUACUUGUCUAUGAGUUUGUGCCGAACAAGAGCCUUGAUCGCUUCCUGUUUGAUACAAAUAGGGGAGUCCAUUUGAAAUGGGAAACUCGGCAAAAAAUCAUAAUGGGAAUUGUAAGAGGACUUCUGUAUCUUCAUGAAGAUUCUCGAUUCAGGAUUAUCCACCGGGAUCUCAAGCCUGGAAACAUUUUGUUAGAUGAAGAAUUGAACCCCAAAAUCGCGGAUUUUGGAAUGGCAAAACUGUUUGGGGUUGACCAAACUCAGGGAAAUACCAGCAGAGUUUCUGGAACGUUUGGAUACAUGGCUCCUGAGUAUCUUUCAACUGGGAAAUUCUCAGUUAAGUCUGAUGUCUUUAGCUUUGGGGUUAUAGUUUUGGAAAUUGUGAGUGGACGUAGGAAUAGUGUCUCUGAACUACAAGAAGAAGAUGAAAAUCUACUAAAUCAUGCAUGGAGGCUCUGGAACGAUGGGACUGCUUUGAAGUUAGUAGAUCCAAAUCUUGGAGGAAAUUACUUUAUCCCUGAAGUGACAAGAUGCAUCCAUAUUGGACUAUUGUGCGUCCAAGAAGACGCAGCUAGACGGCCAACAAUGGGAUUAAUUUUGUCCAUGCUCAGUAGCCUGUCAGUAGUUCUACCUUCUCUGACAGCACCUCCAGCUUUUCCAUAUAGGAGAAACAUGCCUCAAUCCUUGAAUGAAAGUAAUGCACGCUUUGCAGAGGUGUUUACAACUAUGCAGGGGAGGUAACUCUGUGCCUUGGGAAGCAGACAACUCGAUGAUUUUAAUGCUUAAAAGACACUUUACUGGAAUUAUUUCAUGUAAAUAUAAAUUCUUUGUUUCAAGUGGAUUAUAUUCCUACGUUGUAGAAUUUUUUUGCUUUUGUUCCUCUUUUUUUCUUAUCUUAUGGAUAUUAUGCUGCCGGUCCCUGAAUCAACUAAAACUCCAUUUAAA